CUGUCUGACUGACCCUCGUCAUGUGCUUCCUGCACCCAGUGACUGGGAGCUGCCUGCGGGGCGGAGACUCCUUCAUGUGUCACAACCAGGAAGAGAAGAGCCUGUGUGUUCUUACAGCUCAGCGUACUCCGGGCUCCUGGGGGCCACAGUGCUGCCAGGGUGUGCAGAGGGCUCAUCCUCCACUGGAGAAACACAUUUGACUUAAAGAAAAUAAUCCCACCAAGAUGACCCACUGGUUUCAUCGCAACCCACUCAAGGCCACCGCUCCGGUCUCCUUUAAUUUCUAUGGAGUCGCCUCCACCCCAGCCGCCUCAAAGAUAUGCAGUGAUAUGAGGACGACACGUGCCCGGCUCCUGGAACUGCUCAUAGACGCCACCUGUAACCAUGAGAUGAUGAAGAACGCCAGCGACGCGUAUUUCUCCCUACUGCUGGGCUUCAUUAAUGCGCUGGACGGAGGGACCCAGGACAACAAGCUGCGCUACAUCCAGAACUUCAGGUGGACGGACACCCUGCAGGGCAAUGUCCCAAGCGCCCAACAAGAUGCCGUGUUCGAGUUGCUCUCUAUGGGGUUUAACGUGGCGCUAUGGUACACCAAGUAUUCGUCCCGUCUGGCUGGGAAAGAAGACAUCACUGAGGACGAAGCCAAAGAGGUUCACAGGAGUCUGAAGAUUGCAGCCGGCAUUUUCAAGCAUCUGAAGGAGAAUCACAUCCCGAAACUCAUCACCCCGGUGGAGAAGGGGCGUGAUUUGGAAAGUCGGGUGAUUGACGCCUACAUCAUUCAGUGCCAGGCUGAGGCGCAGGAAGUGACCAUCGCACGAGCAAUCGAGCUGAAGCACAACCCGGGGUUGAUAGCGGCCUUGGCCUAUGAGACGGCGAAUUUCUACCAGAGAGUCGAUCACACACUCAUCAGCCUGGACCCGGUGUACAGCGCCAAGUGGAGGAGCUACACACAGCUGAAGAUGUGUUUCUAUAUGGCCUACUCCUUCUGCUAUCACGGUCAGACUUUGUUGGCCAGCGACAAAUGUGGAGAAGCAAUAAGGUCUCUGGAAGAAGCGGAGAAAUUUUAUGGAAAGGCAGAAGCUUUGUGCAAGGAAUAUGGCCAAACGAAGGGCCCCGGAACCACUGCAAAGCCCUCGGGUCACCUCUUCUUCAGGAAACUGGGCUCUCUGCUGAAGAACACACUGGAGAAGUGCAAGCGGGAGAACGGAUUCAUUUAUUUCCAGAAAGUCCCCCCGGAGGCGCCACAGCUGGAGCUGAAGGCCAAUUACGGUCUGGUGGAGCCUGUGCCUUUUGAAUUCCCUGCCCUCAGCCCACAGUGGACUGUGGAGACGCAAGCUGGGUUCGACCUGACAAAGAGGCCAAAGGAUGAGAGUGCUAAACCCAAGAAGGAAGAAGAAGUGAAACCAAUGAAGGAACCGGACUUAAAACCCCAGAAGGAUAGCGGAUGCCAGAUCUCCUAACGCGGCACAGAAUGCUAUAUCGCCUUCUAUCUACAAGGACAGCGCGGCAUAGAUAAAUACGUCAUUGCGUAGGAAAUUCCAUGGUGCAAACUCCAUUUUAUUACUUUACAUCUGUGUAACACUGUAUAUAACUGUUCUAUGUUCCGUGGCAGAUGCGGGGGUAAUGUGUAGAUGGUAUAUACCUAGAUGGAUAUAGAUCUAUACACCUGUAUACAUUACGUGUAGCAUUAUAGUUUGUAUACAUACUUAUCAUACACAUACGUGUGGCUUUAUGUUCCUUACUGUAAACUGUAUAGGCUGCAAGCACAAGAUGAGAUUUAUACAAAGUGAUUCAUAUUAUUUAAAAAGAAAGUCUCCUAGAGAAUAUAAAAGAUUUAUUAUAGCGUAAUAAUGAUUGGAGUAAUAUCUGUGACCGGAACGUGUGAGGUGUAUUAUGUUAAUGCCAUUUAUUGUCCCAGAAUUAGAACAAGAGAAAAUGUAUGUACAGUAUUUUUAAAAUCUAUUUGCAGAGUAAGAUAUUCACGUGCGCAGACCUGGCGGCGGGAAAUUGGCGAAUGGACCGGUGUGUCAGCAGUUUGCUACAGGCGGGGAUCACUUUACCUAUAAUUCAUAGAAGAUGCAGGUUUCACUUUGGGUCAUGUUCGGAAGGGGGGGGGGGGGGGGGGUUUGUUUAAUGCCUCAUCUUUUGGAUUGGAAGCCAUGACGACAGCAUGCGGGGGUAUUUAUGCCUGCUUUGGCAUCUGCAAAAACAGGGCAUAAGAUGUGAUAAAAUUCCCCAGGAACACCUUCCAUUUCCAGUUAGAGUGGUCACUACUACUUGUCACUAGUGUUGGCCCUGUGUCUGUCAGUGGAAGUUCUCAUGGCAGCUUCCACACCGUCAUCUUACCUGGUAGACGUGUUCUCUGGUAACCAGGAAUUAUGUCCAUAUAUUAGGUAAUCCUCCUGCAAUUGUGUAACCUGCAUUAUGCAUUCAGACAUCUGUUAUUCAUCACUACACACAGGGCAGCCAUUUUGUCUGCUAAACCAAUAGUUACACGACUGAAAGGAAGCAAUGGCGCUACUGACACCUCAUGGCUAAAUGCUUACACGGUGCAGGUUUCUGUGGAAACGGAUGAUAGACCGCACGCUCAUGAACCAACAUUCAGCCAACAAAAUGGCCGCCUGCAGUGAGCAGGUCCCAUGCACUGUAACCACCUUUCCAGCCAUUGUGUAUAUAGCUCCCAGCGGUGUCAUACCACAGUGUGCUAUGGUGGCAGAUAACAUAUGUGUCCUGUAAAAUAUACUGUAAAUAAAGGUGAUUUAUUCUAUUACAA